AUGUCCACAUCAACCCCAUCACCACCAAGCCUGCAUAGCGAUGAGGAGGAUUCAAGAGAUUCUACAAUAUCAGAAAUUUCUAAUUCAAGUAUACCGAAGUUUGAUACUAUCCCUGCAUCGCAGAACAGUGAAUGCAAAUCUGGUGGAAUUACAUCACAUGGUGUUGAAGAUAUAUUAGGUGAAGGUAUCAACUAUAGUGUCCACGAUAACGCAUUUUCUGAUUGUAAGCCAGAAGUUACAAUAUCUAACGCUUUUGUACAAGAUUACAACUCAAGAGAUUCCACAGGGUUUAGCAUCCAUGAUAUUCUUGGUUUGCAACAGUCCUAUAAUACCAAUCCUCAAGAUGAAUUAGAACCAAGAUAUGAAUAUCAAAUGCCCAAUUACGAAAAUAUCAGCAACAACUCCAACAACUACGGCUCUGGAACUGAAGAAGUCAUUUCCGAAGGCUGCCUUGAGAAAACCGACUCAUAUCCUCCGACCACAUCACAUAUUGGAAAUCAGGUUGUUUAUACCAGAAACUAUGCUGCCAAUGAACUUGUUCGAUACCACGAAAGAAGUAAUUUAACCAACGAAGUUAAUAAGGAACCUGCAAGAGAUAUCAAUGAUAUUCAUGAUUCUAAUUUUCCAAGUCAGAAUUCAACCUGGAAUAGUAAGCCUGUUUCAACUACAGCUAUCGGUACGUCUGCUUCUUUAACAUCUGAAAUGUCAACCGAUUCAUCAUAUCAAAAAGGAUUUACAAAAAGAGCACGUACAGCUUAUACUAGCUCACAGCUAGUCGAAUUAGAAAAUGAAUUUCAUCAAAAUCGCUAUCUCUGUCGACCGAGACGAAUUGAACUCGCCAAUUAUUUACAACUUACGGAGCGACAAAUAAAGAUAUGGUUUCAGAAUAGGAGGAUGAAAUAUAAGAAAGACAAUAAACAUAACAAGCCUUCGUCUUCCGUAGACGACAGCAGUCCUUCAAGCUCUAAAGAUAUGUCACCAACACAAGAUCACAAGAUGACUCAUGGAAGAAGCUGUAGUGGUCAUGAUCGACACAGGCGUCUGAUGUCUGACAAUCACGCAGCUCACCAUAAAAUUUACCUUCAACCAAACGACAAUGUUCCUAGGCCACCAGAGUACGCGGCUAUAAAUCCAUUGAAAACAAUUUUAAAAGGGCCACAAAAUAGCGUAGAAUUGCCAGCGUAUACACCAAACUUGUCUUAUCCACCAUACUAUGCAGCAGGUUCAAACAGAGCUACUUACUCACCGAUGCCUGAGGUUUAUCGAUACGGCAACGAUGACUCACUGCCACCGAAUUCUAAUACAUUGUCUACGCUAGCAUCUGAUAGCUACGUGCCGAACGGUGCUAACAUAAAACUGAAUGAUGAUUUGGUAAGAUUCGGUGCUGGGUCGUCUUACUACAAUCCAAUGCCAAGCUCUGUUAUUCCUUCGACUACCGCAGAUGCCUAUGGUUUUGCUCCAACUUUACCAUCAGCAACGAUGACUUCUUAUGAUGAAAACAGAUCAUCAAACUUAACUUUGGGUCAAGAUCCGUACUUCUCAUACUUGAUUACUCCGGAUCCUGCAAGUCAACCGCCACCUUCAACUCCGACUAAAUAUUCUUCAUCUUACAUAUCACUGUAG